AUGGAGCCUCAGUAUCUUGAUGCCCUGGUUGUUGGUGCCGGGUUUGGUGGCAUCUAUCAGCUUAAGAAGCUGCUUGAUCGGAAUCUGCAUGUUAAGGCUAUCGAUAUGGCAGGCGAUGUCGGAGGCACUUGGUACUGGAAUCGCUACCCGGGGGCGUUGUCCGACACCCAGUCAUUCCUCUACCGAUACUCGUGGGACUUGGAGGAUCUCAGGUCGUACCCGUGGAAAACCCACUACCUUGAAGGCCCCGAAAUCCUGGCAUAUCUCAAGCAUAUGGUCGAAAAGUACGACCUUCGGAAACACUUUCAGUUCAAUACCGAGCUCCUAUCCGCAAAAUGGAGAGAGGAGGAACGGAGAUGGGUUGUUACUUUAUCAACGGACGAGGUGCUCAAAGUCAAGUACCUCAUCACGGGACUUGGUCUUCUCUCAAAGACCAACUGGCCUAAGAUCCCCAACAUGCAAAGCUUCCAGGGCGAGCUCUACCACACAGCUAGGUGGCCGGAUGGCGUAGACCUCAAGGGAAAGCGAGUCGGGAUCAUUGGGAACGGCUCCACUGGAGUGCAGCUCAUCACGGCUAUCGCAAAAGCCGACGAGGUCAAACAGCUGCUCUCGUUCCAACGCAACCCCCAGUACAGCGUCCCUGCUGGAAAUGGACCAGUCUCGGCCGAGAGCCGCAAGCGUCUUAACGACUCGUAUGAGGAAGUCUGGGACCAGGCCAAAAAAAGCUUGUUUGCGUACGGCUUCCAAGAGAGCACUCGGCCCACCUUCAGCGUCACCCCAGCGCAGCGCGAGCAGAUCUACGAAGACGCUUGGCAGAAGGGCAACGGCUUCCGCUUCAUGUUCUGGACCUUUGACGAUAUCACUGUCAACGAGGAGGCAAAUAAGGCUGCCGCUGAAUUCAUCAAAAAAAAGAUCCGCCAGACAGUCAAGGACCCAGAGAAAGCUCGCAAGCUUUGCCCUAGAGAAUUCUACGCCCGGAGGCCACUGUGUGACACUGGGUACUACGAGCAGUUCAACCGCGACAACGUUGAUGUCGUUGAUAUCAAGACGAACCCCAUUACCGAAUUCACACCAAACGGCAUCAAGACUGCCGAAGGCAAGAUCUACGAGCUCGAUGUCGUCAUCUGCGCCACCGGAUUCGACGCUGUCGACGGUAGCUACACGCGCAUCGCGAUCCAGGGACGGAGCGGCGAGUCGCUGAAAGCCCACUGGGCAAAGAACGGGCCGACAUCAUACCUGGGAAUCUGCGUACCAAACUUUCCCAACCUCUUCAUGAUCUGCGGCCCAAACGGUCCAUUCUCAAACCUUCCGCCGGCAAUCGAGACACACGUUGAGAUCAUCUCUGAUCUGAUUGCCAUAGCAGAGACGGAUCCGGCACGUCUGGUCAGGGCGGUCAAUACCUCCUGCGAAGCCAUCAGCAUCAACGGCGGCGGACACAGGAACGGCCACGCAAGCGGUCGACCAACUAGCCAUGGCAUAAUCGAAGCCGAAGCUGAGGCGGAGGAGGAUUGGACGGGUUUGUGCGACCAAUUGAGCUCCAAGAGCUUGUUCCGCAAGAUCGAAACCUCAUGGAUCUUCGGUGCCAACGUGCCAGGCAAGAAGGCGGUUCCGAUGUUCUGGUUUGGUGGCUUAGGCCCGUACAGGAGGGCAGUGCAAGAGAUAUACGACGAUGAUCUGAGGGGUUUCAGGAAGUUUGAUGCACAGCCCGAGCGCGCCGUUUUGUGA